ACACACACACAUACACCCACCACUUACACACAUCCAUCCCGCUUGUGUGAACGUAAACACACAUACACAGCACAGACGCGUGUGGUUGACCGCACCGGGCUCUCGGCUGUGUGUGAAGACACGCGCGGCACGCCAAAGAAGCAACACUACUGAAUCUGACGCUCGCUUUGUAGCAGGACCGCCAAGCAGAUCGCAAAGAAAACCAGCCUACUUUGUCUCUCUCUCUCUCUCUCUCUCUCUCUCUCUCUUCUUUUUCCCUCCCUCUCUUUUCAGUUAUACUUGUGUGAACAGAGCUGAAGAAUAGGAAAUACACCCCCCCCCUCAAUCUCUCGCUCUCUCUCUCUCUCUCUCUCUUUCGCUCUGUCCUGUGGAGGGAUAAACAGUGAAAAGAUGAGCCUGUGAUACAGCAUCAGACCUGAGUGACCUGACAGCUCAAACUAAUCCUGUUCAGACAAGAAGGAAUGCUGCCAGUUGAAGCCUAGACUCUGAUAGCAGUGGAGAACAAGCAGUCUACUUCCCGGAAGAAUACAAGACUUCUCUGAUCUGCGGCAGACUUGAGAGGCAAAGCAGAGCGGGACUGGGGUUCGAGUCCAGCAGAGGAUGGUUCCACAAACCAGGUUCAUCGGACAGAGUGACUUGCCACGCUCCGACUGCCCCCUUCUCCCCACAGAAUCAGACACUUCUGUGGUUGCAGUAAGACCCCAACAAGCUCAGCCACAGCUGUACAUGGAGACCCCCAGCUGGGCAGAAACCAAACCAGGAAACGGGCUGUGUAAAACAGGAAGCAUUGCUCUCUUUGGAAACGUAGUGUACAGCGGGCUGCUGAACGAUCACUUUUGGCAUUUCGGGGUUCCCCUUGUCACAAGACUGGGUAACCAGGAGGCCCCAGCUCCCCCAGAAGCCAUGGCUCAGCCGUACGCCCCAGCUCAGUAUCCUCCUCCUCCACCUCAAAACGGGCUGCCUGGCGAAUACACCCACCCUGGGCAGGACUACACAGGGCCCAGUCCGGUCCCUGAGCAUGCGGCGGCCCUCACCAUCUACACACCAACACAGACACACAGCGAGCCGCCUGGCACCGACAGCAGCACACCAUCCCUCACAGGGACCAGCAGCUUAACACAGGCGGACGAUGUGGUACAGACAGACGGAUCUCAGCAGCUUCAGCUCCAGCCAUCAGACUCUUCGGAGAAGCAGCAGCCCAAACGGUUACACGUCUCCAACAUUCCCUUCCGCUUCCGAGACCCAGACCUCCGGCAAAUGUUCGGGCAAUUUGGGAAAAUUUUGGAUGUGGAAAUUAUUUUUAACGAGCGAGGCUCUAAGGGUUUUGGUUUUGUAACUUUUGAAACAAGUGCAGAUGCAGACCGUGCACGGGAGAAAUUAAACGGUACAAUCGUAGAGGGACGCAAAAUUGAGGUAAAUAAUGCAACGGCACGAGUAAUGACAAACAAAAAAGUGGCCAACCCCUAUACAAAUGGCUGGAAGCUGAAUCCAGUGGUGGGAGCUGUCUAUGGUCCUGAAUUUUAUGCAGUGACAGGCUUCCCCUAUCCAACCACAGGGGCGACGGUGGCUUACAGGGGCGCCCACUUGAGAGGCAGAGGUCGUGCCGUCUACAAUACGUUCCGUGCUGCGCCUCCACCCCCUCCCAUUCCCGCCUACGGAGCUGUGGUUUACCAAGAUGGCUUCUACGGUGCUGAGAUCUAUGGUGGCUAUGCAGCAUACAGAUAUGCCCAACCAGCCGCAGCAGCCGCAGCCGCCUACAGUGACAGCUAUGGCAGAGUCUAUGCAACAGCAGACCCUUAUCACCACACGAUUGGACCUGCAGCCACGUACAGCGUGGGCACUAUGUAAAUAUCAAGCUAGAAGACAACGGAGAAGAGCAUCAGCUAAAAAGGAACAAAAAAGGAUCAAGGAAGAAGAGUGUCAAUGAAAAAAAAACAUACAAAAAGAAGUUAAGAGGAAAUCCUUACACCGAGGCUGUCAGGAGAAGGCAUUAUAUAUCUCUGUUGGGACGCGAGACUGACACAGCCAAGCUGUGGAUGAAAAAGAAGGGGUUUAGCUUUCACCUGGGACAGCCUUUCGGGGUGGAGGAGGAGGAGAGGUCAUCAUAAAACUUUUUAUUUUUCUAAACUUUUUUAAGUUUAUGGUUUCCAAAAAGAUGAAAAAGAUGAGUGUAUAUAUCUAUAUAGCGAUAUAUAUGUAUGUAUAAAUAUGUUACAAAAAAAAAACGAAGCUAAGAAAAAAAAAUAGUACACAACUAGCAACAGAGUGAUGAGUUAGCGCUGUAGGAGGGGGUGGGGGUGGGGGGUGUACAAAUGUUGAUCCUUCACACCCCCCACCCCCCUCCCACCGAAAACCUCCUUGUCCGGCCUGCGCCAGGAGGGUCAAGGAGGGCCGACAUGAUUCCAUGUGGCCCCUCUUCAUCCAAAGCCUUUGAAUAUAUGGCACAGCUGGGUCUUCCAUCAGUAGGUUUCGUCAUGUGUUGAGCCCGGAGGGAAACAAACGGCCUUUACUCGCUAACAUCACAGGCAGUGAUCCUUCUAGAUGGCAGACGAACUUGCAUGGGACUCCAAAUUUUCCACUUACAGGUUGAUAUUCAGGUGUCGCAUGGAACGGGACAAGAGAAGACACUGUAAAUAAAGCGGUCAACAUCAGUUCUGAAGCGCUGUCAUCCCGCUGUUGUUUGUAGCACAAUACGAAUCGGCCCGCCGGCAGGUUUUACUGGGAUGUGUGCGUGUGCUUGUGUGUGUGUGCGCGAAAGAGGGGAGGGGGGAGGGGGAUGUAGUGUCGUGUUGGGUCGCAGCGGCCCCGGAGCCCAGGGCUACCAAAAAGCAUUUCAUUGUAGUGUUGUGGAGGUGGCCGUGCUGUGUAGUAAACACUUUUGUAUGUGGUGUCAUGAGGCUACAAAUUAAGAAAAUUGGAGCUGUCUUCUCGGUAUUGUCACGGGAGUUUCACAAUCCAUCUUGAAAAUGGGUUCCUGCCCGCUGCAAGGUGGAAAACGACGUGCCAGUUUAGUCAUAGGGUGUGCAAGCAAAGUUUUAUUAAAAAUCGAUUACCUUUAUACUUCUAAUGAGCUCCAUUUCAGUGACACAUCCUUAUAUAUUUAAACGUUGUACUAAUUACAUGCUGCUCAGCGUGGUCAAACGUCGAUUGUAGCCAUUUACUAAUGUUGUAUUAUUGUAUUACCAGUAUGAAAAACAUUUAUAUAUGGAUAUAUCUAUUUGUGACCCUUCAAGAGGAUUGUACCGUUUUUGGUUUGAUUUGAUUUGGUUUGGUUUCCUUUUGUUUUGUUGAUCGAUGGUGGUCCAGGUUUAUUUUCGACGGCGAUUUAUGCAAGUACUGAGAGAUCUGUGUGGCGUUGGUUCUGUUCGUCUGUAUAUUUGGUUCAGCUACUGAAUGUAAUUCAACUUUUUAUGUACAUGUCUUUGUUUUUUAAGCAGUACUUUGUAAAUGUGUGGACAUGCUAAAGCGAGUCUUCGUUUCUGAAGCCCGACGGAGAUACGGUCCAGCUGACAAAUCUCUUUUCUAACAGGAGCACUCCAGCUGGCCCACGGACAUUAUCAUGACCCUGCAACGGACAAUAGUAGAAAGACAUGAAACGAUUGGAUAAGACGGAGCCGAAAGAUGCUCUGUGGUUUUUAUCGACAACCACUUUCUUUUUUUCUUUAUGCAAGCGGUGAACAGUCGAGCCACAUUCAAAGCCUCCUGUCACUCAAUAAUCAAUGUUGAAAACGGCAGUAUGUUAUCCUGCACUGUACAAAAAAAAAGAAAAAAGGAAAAAAAAAUGUUGUUGGGUUACCUAAAAAUGUGUUUGAUUUAGUAACAUCUGGUUUUAUUCAGGUCAGCAUUUUCAUAUUCAACUGGACUGAAUCCGCCAGGCUGCGUUAAGCUGAAAACAACCAAUCGGAUUGGGUAGAACUACAUCUUUAAAAUAACAACUGCACGUUUUCACGCUUUUUACAGUGUGUGUGUUUCGGCUCAGUGAGAAGGGAUGUGGUACAUUUAACAGAUAGCCCACCUCUACAGAGCAUUCCCAAGCUUUGCAAAAUCAUGCGCUUCCUCGGACUCAGGUGUUACAUGACAGAACUGAUGCGUUCCCUUCCAUAGGUAAUGAUGUUACAACUCCUUCCUUGCUGCAUUCUUCCUCUCAGAACUUUCUUUUCUACAAAGCUGGUGACUCCUAUCUCAGCGACUGUACAACUUUGUUACCCGAAGGAUCAUCAGAUGCGAACGUUCGGCGAAGACGUGUUGUUUCAGGGACUCUAAAAUCCGAGUGGCGGAAGAGACUGUGACUGAACAACCUAACAAAAAGAUGUCAAUUCAACAGAGAUCCGAUAGGCCUCUGGGUUUAUUCCUUUGCUUUAGUCCGUAUGAGACAUUACUUGUUUACAUGUCCUGGUUUUUUCCACCCUGCUGUGAGGUAUGUGUCAGCUUUUGCACUGUAUUCUUUGGCUUGUUGUCUUCCCUCUACUCUGUUUUCCUCUCAAGCAGCCCAUUGACCUGAGCACCAAAGUCAUUCGCCGUCUUCCUCGACCCAAAGCAGAGAACCAAUGCAAACUGUAGUCUGCUUAUAGUCUAUUGUCAGAACUACGAUGAAACUCAAGCGCAUGUAUCUGCCACUUGUUCCUUCAUCCAAACCGUCCUUCAAAUCUACACUGGUCGUCUGCUCUGUCAGGGCAGGUGGAAGACCAGCUAUGCAGCUCACCUCUGUCUGCACAGUUCUCUUGAACUUCAUUUAAACAGUCAAGCCAAUGGAAACGACAAACUUAUCUUGGCAAUUGCUUUUCCCAACACGAAAAGAACAUAACAAAAGAAGAAAAAAAA